AUGGAAAACGCGGACUACUGUUUGAUAGACAUAAAAGAUGAAGCAAAUAAUAAAAUGCCACACAAAAUGAAAUUCAUCUGCGCUGGUUUUCCGAAAACUGCUUCGAAAUCGGCUUCUGCUGCUUUUGAAAAACUGGGCUUUCGCGUGGCUGAUUACAUUGAGACAUGCGAGUUCCUGACUGAGGAGUGGCUCGAGUACAUGGAAGGAAGGGGCUCCAUUAAGAAGGUUUUGGAUGCAUAUGAGAGAAACAACUUUGACACCAACCAGGACUUCCCCGGAAAUAUUUAUUGGGAGGAGCUUUGGAGAGCAAACGGGGAAGGAAAGGUCGUUCUCACCGUUCGAGAUAAUGAACAUGUUUGGUACGAGUCGUGGAUCAAUUUCUUUGAGCAAAACUUCAAAGGCAUCGCUGUAAACGUAGCGACACAUUUGGCGUGGCACGGAUUCUUUGGCAAAGAAAUUUACGAAAUGGUCAGAAUUGGAAUACACUCGGUGAGGAUUAUGUUCGGCGUCGAUUGCUGCUUCGAGCAAAAGGCCUUAUCCAACCGAUUCCUUGCAAAUAAGCGUAUCAUGAAACAGCGUUACCUGAGCCAUAUAAUUUACGUGAAAUCCGUCGUACCGGAUGACAAGCUUCUCAUUUGGAACAUUAAGGAUGGCUGGGAGCCACUUUGCAAAUUUCUUCAAGUUCCGAUUCCCAACGAACCCAUUCCACGAAAAAACACAAGAGGCGAGCUCUUCGAAGAAUACUCGAAGACCGAAUUCACCCAAAAAAUCAAGCGCCAAACCCUCCGCAAUCUUCUAAAAUUACUCUUUGCCAUUGUUGCUAUUGUCAUUCUCAUACAAGUCUAUCGCAUUACUGCCUAA